GGGGAAGUCAAACUGUCUGACAGUUGCUACGAAGAGGACGAUGGCGCAGCAGGAAAACCAGCUCGACCCAGUUAAAUUCUCUUGUUCCAUCUGUUUGGAUCUUUUAAAUGAUCCGGUGGCUAUUCCCUGUGGACACAGUUACUGUAUGAAGUGUAUUAAGGACUUCUGGGAUGGAGGAGAGAAGAAACUCCCCAGCUGUCCUCAGUGUCGACGCACGUUUACUCCGAAGCCUGAGCUGCUGAAAAACACCAUGUUAGCUGAUUUACUGGAGGAACUGAAGAAGACUGGACUCCAAGCUGCUCCUGCUGAUCACUGCUAUGCUGGACCUGAAGAUGUGGCCUGUGAUGUCUGCUCUGGGAGAAAACUGAAAGCUGUCAAGUCCUGUUUGUUCUGUCUGGCCUCUUACUGCCAGAAACACCUUCAACCUCACCGUGAUUCAUCUACAUUCAAGAACCACCAGCUGGUGGAUCCCUCCAAGAACCUGCAGGACAACAUCUGCCCCCGUCACGGUGAGGUGAUGAAGAUGUUCUGUCGUACUGAUCAGAAGUGUAUCUGCUAUCUCUGCUCUGUGGAUGAACAUAAAGGCCACGACACGGUCUCUGCUGCAGCAGAAAGGACGGAGAGGCAGACAGAGGUGGAGGUGAGACGACAACAAAUCCAGCAGCAGAUCCAGGACAGAGAGAAAGAUGUGAAGCUGCUUCAGCAGGAGGUGGAGGCCAUCGAUCAGUCUGCUGAUAAAACCGUGGAGGACAGUGAGGAGAUGUUCACUGAGCUGAUCUCUCUCCUCCAGAAGAGAAGCUCUGAGGUGAAGCAGCAGGUCAGAUCCCAGCAGGAAACUGAAGUGAGGAGAGUCAGAGAGCUGGAGGAGAAGCUGCAGCAGGAGAUCAGGGACCUGAAGAGGAGAGACGCUGAGAUGAAGCAGCUCAGAGACACCGAGGACCACAACCAGUUCCUCCACAGCUGGCCCUCACUGUCACCACUGAGUCAGUCCACACACUCCUCCGGCAUCAGCAUCCGUCCUCUCAGGUACUUUCAGGACGUGGCAGCAGCCGUGUCAGAGGUCAGAGGUCGACUACAGGACAUCCUGGGAGACACGUGGACAAACGUCUCACUGGCCGUCGCUGACGUGGAUGUUUUACUGCCCAAAGACCCAACGAGCAGAGCUGGAUUCUUGAAGUAUUCAUGUGAAAUCACUCUGGAUCCAAACACAGUAAACACAGAUCUGUUACUGUCAGAGCAGAACAGAAAGGUGACGGUUAUGAACGAAGAUCAGUCUUAUCCUGAUCAUCCAGACAGAUUCAGUAAAUAUUAUCAGGUUCUGAGUAGAGAGAGUCUGACUGGACGUCAUUACUGGGAGGUGGAGACAGCAGGUGCAGUUAUUGUAGCAGUUUCAUACAAGAAUAUCAGCAGAUCAGGGGGGGAAAGUGGAUUUGGAUAUAAUGAUAAAUCUUGGUCACUAGGUUGUUCCUCAGACAGUUAUGUAUUCUGGUACAACAGCAUCCAAACCUCCGUCUCAGGUCCUGCUUCCUCCAGAAUAGGAGUUUACCUGGAUCACAGAGCAGGAGUUCUGUCCUUCUACAGCGUCUCUGGAACCACGACCCUCCUCCACAGAGUCCAGACCUCCUUCACUCGGCCGCUCCACGCUGGAGUCUGGGUUUACUUUACUGGAGCCUCAGCUGAGUUCUGUAAACUCAAAUAAGAUAAACGAGUUUCCUCUUCAUGUUUUUACUGAUUUUCUUUUCUUCUUUUCUUCUUUCUCUGACGGAUGGAGGGACGUUUUUGUUCUAUAAGAUUGAUUGUUGUUAUUUCCUCUUUUGGAAGUUGUUCUUUUGUAGUUUCACCUGGGAAAUAUUAAUAAUAUUAAUAUAAAAACAUAGAAAUAAGCCUGUGUUGUAAUUGUUAACUGUUAGUUUUGAUGUGUUUUUAUGUUGUAUUUCUCUUUUCUUCCACUUCUUUAAUAUUAUUUGUUCUUUUUUAUUGGACCAAUCACCACAAAGAAUUCCUUUUGUGUCUUAAACUACUUGGAAAUAAACUUCUUUCUGAUUGUGAUAGUGAUUGUGAUUCUGAUUCUGAUUCUGAUUCUGAUUGUGUGUUUCAUGUUUAACAAUCUGAA